AUGGAGCUCAUAUCCCUAACCUUUGUCGUCUUCGUACAUUUAGUUUGUCUGGUUUCAGGCGAGAUCACUCAGUCGGGGCUCACUGAUAAAUCUCGCACAAAAUACUCUAAUCCAGCAAUCGGUUCCGAUACGGAAACUGUCCAUGUCGCGGCUACAAAUGAUGCUUUAUGGGACCAGGCAACUUGCAAAGGAACUAAACUAUUCUUUGGCACUACACUCAACCCUGACCAAGCCGCCCUACACUGCAGACCACUAACCACCCCGUGGCAUGGUACUCUGGUAAAUGAACUGACUACGUGGGGUUACAAAGACAUCAGCGAUGACGAGGAUAGGAAAGGAGCUUGUGACUUUGAAACAAAAUUCGGUGGCUUGACACGAGCUUUCAGUGCACUGGGUAUCAGUAUGCAAGACUAUACAGAUGGUGGACCUAACCGCUGUUUCACCAUCGUUCAUUACGAAGGCCCUGCCGUUGAGAAAAAUCCUGAUGGAUCUUUCCCACGAAGAGCGGACCAACAUUACACUGUCAACGGACGAAGAUAUAGGAUAACGGGUGCACACUUCAUCAUCGGCGUGAACAGUAAAGACGGGUACAUCUUCCUUGUCGAUCGAUCGUCUCCCGAGACCCAAGCCCGCCUUUUGUGGAAUAUCCCCCAGCACAUUCCAAUCCCGCGCGAUGAAAUGCCUGCGUUGAGAUCCAGCUCCGACAUUGCCUGGGGUAUGUGGAAUAGGGUUAGCGGCCAUAAUCUAGGAGGCAUCAACGCUUUUCUUUCUUUCGAGGUCGUUAACGAAGAAACUGGGCGCCUUAUUGAAAUGGCUAUGGAGAAAAAUGAUCACGACGAAGUGCCGCCCUGGCCAGGAGUUCGAUUCAAUUCGGGAACUGAAGAGUAUAGGGCUCUUCUGGGAUCACCAAAUGGCAUAGCUGUAGGCUAUUUACUCGCCCAGCACAAGAGGGAGAUGGGAGGCAACAAGUACGUUAGUCAAAUCAUUGUCUUCAUGGAAGAUGAUCCCACAGGGUGGCCCAACUUGCUUUUCAAGGUUGAUUGGGCGCCACCUCCACCACCACCACCGCCACAGCUAUCUGCAACACGGCCCUUACAUGCGAAGAGUGUUGGUGAAUACACUGAAGAAUUGCAGAAUGAAGAGCCAAUUAAUAUGGAAGAGGCAAAGAUUUUGGGUAGUAGCAGGGAUGGUAAACACAUUGUCAGGGAGCAUGUGAUCCAGACAACAUAG